AAAUAAGGAAGAGCAUUAUUAAUGCCACACGAGUAGAGGUUUAACAAAUCAGGUCAAUUUUAGGCAAAAAUGAUCUCAUUAGCAAUUAAAUUACUAAACAAACCCAGCAAACUCACAGACAUAUUUGCAAAUUGGUUCAUUCACUAAUAAUCAUCAUCAACAUAUCAUCAUUAGUGGACGAUUUAAGAAACACAAACUUUAAAAUGUUGAAAUUUCUAAACAUUUUUGCUAUCUCACUAAUUUGUACUGCGAUAGUAAAUUCACAAUUGGUCGACCAACAAUUUUCAGAAUUUGGAGAUUUUAACAUUGACGAUCAUUCAAUUGAAAAGAGAAAUAUUUUUGAAACAUUUCGGGAUUUCACGUCCGGUUCCUCAGAUAGUUCCUCAGACCCAAGCAAAUUACUUGUUAAUCGACGAAUCUAUAAUUCCUCAAUUGCCCUCACAAUCCCGUUCUUUUCCUUCAAAGUUCCCAAUCUACCAGAUGCAGGAUUCAUUGCUAAACAGUCAAUUUUUGGGGCAUUUGCCUGGGGAAUUGUCGCGCUACCUUUUUUCUUAUCAUUCAUCUUCACCGGAUCCGUACCAAGUGAUGCACAAAGUCGAAGUUUUCAAAGAUUAUCAGAUAAGGCUAAAAAGUCUAGUUUCAACUUCUUGGGUCCAGAUUUCUCCAAAAGUUUUGGCAUGGAUGGAGGACAAUGCAUUCAAAAAGUUAUUUGUCAAUCGCAUCGUGUGAAAGAGGGACGCAAAUAUGGAAUUCUGGCUACCUCGUUAAGAACACUUUUUCCAAUUCCUGAAAAGAACAUGACCAUUGGCUCUGACACGUCCCUCUUCCAGUCGGCCGCCCUUGCAGGGAAGUAUGGCGGGGGGAAGGACUGCGACAACCUCUUUGACUGUAUUUUGGACCCUCUCGGAUCACUGCGCUACCUCAUCCACUGGUACAGCCACAAGAACCAAAAUGCUCAAUUCCUUCUGAAAAUGAUCGACUAUGACGCCCCAAAGACAGCCAAUAGUACCAUCACCACUGUCAGAAAUGAGACAUUAUAGCGUCAAAUAUUUCUGCACAAAAAACAUGCUUAAAUUAUAAAUAUAUAUUAUUGAGGCGAAAAUUUCGGAAAUGGAGUCUGAAUAAAAAUUGCUAGUUGUUUUGCAAGUGAGAUUUCGAAUUGUGCCCCAGUUUCAAUUGUGAUUUCCUAUACUGCAUACUGCGUGCUGCGAUUGAUAUGCUGUCCGAAUCUCUCUCUCUCUCUCUUUCCCCCUUGGUAGCUGAUCAUCCAACCCUUCCACUUGCCAUCGCAGCAGACGAUUUGCUAUUGUUGUUGUUGUUUUGUAUGCUGUAAGAAGAGCCAAGUGAGAGGAGAACACAGCAAAUAAUAAACCUACAUAAUAAAUAAUACUAUCGUUUUUCUUUGUAAAUCGUUAAAAACCAAACCCAACUGAACGUAUUGAAACCCAAAACUUGGCUGGAUGUGCAAAGUAUUGGUAGAGGAAUUUCCUUUCCUGGGAUCGUUAGUAAAAUAGUAACGAUUCGUUUAGAUGGAAGAAAGCUGUUCUUUAUCAUUGUUCAUUGACAGAUGCCAUGGGCAGGUUGAAUGUGAAAAGGGUCGUCGGAGGGCCUACUAACCCUUUGUCGUGAGAGGAAUGACCUCGUUCGUGUAUAAUGAAAAGUAAAAACAACUCAUUCUAUCCCAAACGGAAAUCAAGCCCCCCAAAAUUGGAUAAACGUUUUAAGGCUCCCUUCCUUCAUUUCAAUCCCCCAAUUAUCAACGAUAUUCAUCCAAGUACCAGUUAUCAGCCCCACCACCAGGUCAACAACGGCCUCAGCGACUCCUCCCUCCUCCUCAGUCUGCCAUGUUAUGUGGGUUUGGACAUGAUGGAAAAAUUGCAGGUUGAAUACCAACAACAGCGACAUCAUCAGCAAGAGCAUCAACCUUAUCAAUCUCAAGAAGGUCCUAGUUCCAAUGGAAAUGAUAAGUCAGAAUGUCCUCGAUGUUUGAAACGUAUGGAAGUUCCAAGAAAUAUGAAACGACAUGUGGAAAGUCAUGAUGGGAACGGUAGGCUGCAUCCGUGUUCAAUGUGUGACAAGUCCUUCAAACAAACUAGCCACGCCAAAGCCCACUUAUCUGUUCAUGGAGAUGGAGUGUCCGGAAGUGCUGGAGACAUGAUGGCGUGUCCAGUGUGUUUCACAGAGUUCAAGCAUGGACGCAACUUCAAAAGGCAUAUGUUAAUCCAUGAGGGUGUGAAAAAUUUCUCUUGUGACCUUUGCGGGAGGAGAUUUAGACAAGCGAUCCAUUUAAAGACACAUCUUACGAGUCAUGAUGGUUUAAAACCGCACACGUGCCACUGUGGUAAAUCCUUCUCGAGGGUCGACAACUUAAGAAGACAUCAAUUGCUACAUGCAGGGCUCAAACCAUUUGCUUGUGGGUGUGGAAAGUCGUAUACUCAAUCUCAUCAUUUAAAAAGUCACGUCGCUAAAUGUAAUUUGUAACUUUAGGCUUACUUUUGAACAAAAUAAAUACGUAUGUUUUUUAUAAUAAUAACUUAA